AUGGGAUUUCUCUGUGUUGGCACUCCGUCCGUGGUGCGGCCGCUGGCUGUUGCACGUCUACGCCCAAUCGUGCCGCCGUUGGCGAAGAAGCCCAGAUUGCGGAGUGUGUGGUGGACAAGGCCCUCGCUUGCGACCAGGUCGAAGCCAGAGCAGGAGAGAGGGGAGACUGAGACGGUGCCCUGGCUCCCAGUGCUGGUAGCUCUCCUUCUGCUGGGAUGGAAAUGGCUCGAUGACAGCACCUACUUCUAUGCGGCCCGAACAACCGCUGCUUCAAGGAAAGAUGCCGAUCAGGUCUACAUCCAGGAAUCGCGAGAUGUGAUAACCAACGUUCCGCGGCGUUUUCUCCGGCUCCAAUCGGAGGGCGCUCCGGACCUUCCCCUGCCCUACCCGGACGCGCCAGAUCGGCCCACCGUUUUCGAGGCGAGCGUGGAUUUCGACAUGUCGCGGAUCCUCGACCCCAUCAUCGACUCGAAGUGGUUCGAUGCUGUCUUGGAUUCCGGGCUUCUGGACUUCAUGCUCCACAAGAAGUGA